AUGUCCUUGAACAUGAUGAGAAGGAUGAGAAUUGAGGAAGCCAAGCCAACAAGAAUGGCACUCCAACUAGCUAACAGGACAUUCAAGUUUCCACAUGGAGUGGUGGAAGAUUUAUUGGUGAAGGUGGGAGAAUUCAUCUUCCCAGCUGACUUUGUUGUGCUGGAUAUGGAAGAAGAGGUAAACACUUCAAUUAUCCUAGGAAGGUCAUUCCUAGUUACUGUUGGAGCCAUUAUUGAUGUGCAAAAAGGAGAACUAGUCUUGAGAUUACAUGAGGAAAAGAUGGUCUUCAAUGUCUUCAAGGCAAUGAGUUAUCCCAAGGAAGCAAUAGAAGAAUGCAUGAUGAUGGACACCAUAGAACAAAUAGUCCAAGGAGUUUUUGAAGAAGAGCAAUAUGAAGGAAGUAUGGACUUGGAGCAACAAGCACCACGUGAAGAACCACCAUAA